AUGCCCAGUCUGGCCGAUUGCCCGCGGCCUCCUACGCCGUCAUCUUCCCCUCAUUCAUUCCCCAAUGCCUUUACGCAUUCUUCUGCAUGUCCGCCUCGAGGCAAUGGGCGGUCGACCAACAUAGUUCCGCAGAGUUCCACAUCCAGGGCAACACCCAGCCCGAGUAGAGACACACAGAGCGCCGCGCUUGCGUCGUCCAGCCGCAUGGGCAUGGCCGUGAACAAGAUUGAGCAGAUCAUGGAAACUGUACUGGACAAUAUCAUCCGGGGCACAGAAUUGACCAUUCCCUUUUCUCGCCGCACCAGGCCCAGAGCCCGUGUUGCAUCCCGGGAUGGCGAUGCAGCCAGGCAGCAGCCCUGUGGCUUUGUGUCCUUUCCCGGGAAGACCGAGGCCGAGGGCAAACUUUUCAACAAGGCCACCACUGACGAAGCAAAGUCCAAAGGCUACCCGACUCUCGUUACCCGCUCGUUCCUACACCACAUCCAUGAGACAGCACCCAGGCUUCCCAUCUACGGGCUGGUCGACUACGAUCCGCACGGCCUGCGCAUCUUCCGAACGUACAAAUAUGGCAGCCAGAGUCUGAGCCACGAGGCCAAUACGACGGUCCCCGGAAUGAAGUGGCUGGGUAUCCAGAGCUGUGACCUUUUCUGUCCUCGAAAUUCCGUCGGCGCGCGUCAUACGUGGUCGGCCCUGAACGACGUUCUGCCGUUGACCGACACGGACCGGCGUACGGCUGUGUGUCUUCUCAAAGACAUGAUCUACGGCGCCAAAGCCGACUCCGAUGCAGCGUCCCUUGAGCAGUACCGCGAAGUGCAGGUCAUGCUCAUGCUCAAUAUCAAAGCUGAGAUCCAGGCGGCCGACGACUAUGGAGAUCUCGCGACUUGGCUGGACGAAAAGCUUUACCAAGACCAGGAAGGUGGCUUGGAUAUUAUUUGA